AUGAAGCGCUUCAGUCAAAGGGUCCUGUCGCGGGGCAAGAGUGACAGCAAGUCAUCCAAGAAAAACAAGGACCCGAAGGAUGGAACAGCCUCGCCCUCAUCCAGCGCUGGUCGUGAAACCCAGUCUCCCAAUCUAACACCAUCCUCAUCCACAUCAACUCUCAAUGACCCUAGAAUGAAACCGUUGCCUCCGAAUAAUAGUGGUUCAAUUGGAAGUGAUGCAGCAAUGCAAAACCCAGGUUCCCACGGGACGCCAGCAGGUACAGGUGGCGCAUCAGAUAGAUUUGGCGGGAUGGGCCCUCAACAGUCACCUAACGGAGCGGUUACGCCAUCCCGACACGGCUCCCUCCCUCCAACUGUUGUGAUUUCUCCCAGUGGUGCACCGCAUAUCCCGCCUCCUGGAGCGCCGGAAAUUAUGCCCCACGAUCUUGCACCUCCCAAAGCUGGCCAAAAAUCUCUGGUCUUCGAUCGCCUUCACCAGACACCAAAGGAUGUCCCAGAGGGGCUCAGAACACCCAGGCGCCAGCAUUCUUCUCGCUUUGAUGUUUCCCCCCAUCCCCAUAGGGAAUUAGAGAAACUUCCUGGGUUUCAUGAGGUCCCACCGAAUCGCCGGCAAGAGCUGUUCAUGCAGAAGAUUGACCAGUGCAAUGUCAUCUUUGAUUUCAACGAUGCCAGUGGUGACAUGAAAUCAAAAGAAAUCAAGCGUCUAGCCCUGCACGAAUUGCUAGACUACGUUGCCAACAACCGCCAGGUUAUCACAGAACCCAUGUACCCACGAGUCGUUGAAAUGUUUGCGAAAAAUCUAUUCCGACCCAUUCCCCCACCAAUGAACCCUCAAGGCGAAGCAUUCGACCCAGAGGAGGAUGAACCCGUACUUGAGGUCGCUUGGCCGCAUAUUCAGGUCGUAUAUGAAUUUUUCCUUCGAUUCAUCGAAAGCCAAGACUUCAACACCAACAUCGCCAAAGCUUACAUCGAUCAUAGCUUUGUCCUUCAGCUACUGGAAUUAUUCGAUUCGGAAGAUCCACGCGAAAGGGAUUUCCUUAAGACCACCUUGCAUCGUAUCUAUGGCAAAUUCCUCAAUCUCCGUUCGUUCAUUCGACGCUCUAUCAACAAUGUCUUUUUCCAGUUUACUUACGAGACCGAAAGAUUCAAUGGUGUUGCAGAGCUACUUGAGAUUCUAGGAUCUAUCAUCAAUGGAUUCGCUUUACCCCUAAAGGAAGAACACAAGCUUUUCCUUACACGAACGCUAUUGCCUCUACACAAGGUCAAGAGCUUAAGCAUGUAUCAUCCUCAGCUGGCUUAUUGCAUUGUUCAAUUCCUGGAAAAGGACGCUUCCUUGACGGAAGAUGUAGUUCUUGGACUACUGAGGUAUUGGCCUAAGGUCAAUAGUACCAAAGAGGUUAUGUACCUCAACGAAGUAGAGGAUAUUUUCGAGGUGAUGGACCCGGCAGAGUUUGCCAAGGUUCAAGAACCCCUCUUUCACCAACUUGCCAAAUCAGUAGCCAGUCCUCAUUUCCAAGUAGCAGAACGAGCGCUCUACUUCUGGAACAAUGAAUAUUUCUGCAAUCUGGUAAGCGACAACGUAGAGAUCAUUCUACCUAUUAUGUUUGCUCCAUUAUAUGAGAACUCCAAAGGACAUUGGAACAGAACAAUUCAUGGGAUGGUAUACAACGCUAUGAAACUCUUCAUGGAAAUCAAUCCUCAACUUUUCGAUGACUGCUCUCAUGAUUAUAAUGAACAGCAGAGUAACGCUCCGGCAAGGCAGGCUCUUAGAGAGAAGAAAUGGGCAGCCAUCACAGAGCAGGCCAACAAGAGAAAAGCGAACGGCAUUUCUACAGCAAACGAUGAGCCUGACUCUAUGACGGAAGACAAUCAGAAACGGCUUGACUCGCUUAAGCUGCAGGAUGGGGAUCGAAGAGACCGCCGGCCUCACGAGCGCCAAAGCUCAAUAGGCUCAUCUAAGAGCCAGCGAUGA